CGACUAUAAAAAUGAUGAUCAUCUUUUGAGUUUCAUCAAAUCCAAAUCCAAAUCAAAUCAAAUCAAUCUGAAACAAAAAUGUCUACCAUUCGACAAAUAAUGGCCAUGAUGAUGAUGAUAAUCAAUACACAAACAACGUUCACGAUAAUAAUGAUGAUGGUAAUGAUUGUUACCGGUCAACAACAAAUUGAUGAUAAUCGUCUUCCUUUUGGGUCAUCGACAACAUCGACAACGACAACGACGACAGAAUCAACUUUUCUGGUAAAUGGAUCAAUACCGAUAAAAUGUGGUUCAUAUAAUAGAAUUUCCGGAUCAAUACAUGAAUUACCGGCACAAUCACCACGUCAACCACGUAUAAUUGGUGGACAUGAUGUAUUGAUUGAAGAAUUUCCAUGGCAUGGUUCAUUACAAAAACUUCGUCUAUUAUUUCCAUUACCAAUACCUGAUUGGCAUCAUAUUUGUGGUGCAUCAAUUAUUAAUGAAUAUUAUCUAAUAACAGCAGCACAUUGUGUUGAUGGUCUGAUUAAUUCAUGGUGGCCAGGACAAUUACGUAUUGUAUUAGGUACCGAUAGAUGGCGUUAUACAUUAUUUCAAAGAAAUAUACAAAUGAUACCGGUAUCGAAAAUUAUUAUACAUCCAGAAUGGAAUUCACGUCGAGCACAAAAUGAUAUUGCAUUGAUACGUUUAACCAAACCGAUUGUUUUUAAUCAACGUGUACGGCCAAUAUGUUUACCAAAAUCAAAUGAUUAUGAAAUGAAUGGUGGCCAAUCAGUAACUGUUGCCGGUUAUGGUUAUACAACUGAUAAUUUAGUUAUAAAUUUCUUACCUGAUCGAUUGAAAGCAGUUCGUGUACCGGUAGUACGAAUGGAUAAUUGUCGUCAAACAUAUAAUGUUUCACGAAUACCGAUAACCGAUCGUAUGAUUUGUGCCGGUGUUACAACAUAUGGAAGAUGUUCGGGUGCAAUGAGAGGUGAUUCUGGUUCAGCAUUAAUUAGCUAUAUGAAUGAUAAUGAACGGCGUGCAAUACAUACCGGUAUUGUUUCAUUUUCAUUACCAUGUCGUAUGUUUGGUGCACCAGAUGUUUAUACACGAACAUCAUCAUAUCUAGAAUGGAUCGAUAAUGUUAUUAAUAAUCGUACAAAAAUGAUUUAAAUUCAAUCGGAAAAAUAAUUUUUUUUUUAAAUCAAAAACAAAACAAAAAAUACAACCAUAUGCCU